UAAUUUUCAGCGUGUCAUCAUACCUCAAUGACUAGGUUACUAAUAAGAGUUAGAUUAUUUCAACACAAGAUGAAGUCAACCUACUCAUUUUCUACCUUUCGACCAUAAAGGGCUUACAUAACCAUUCAAGCUUUUAGAAGGGAUGGUUUUAUGAUAUCGAGAUUACCAGGGAACUUAAAAAAGAUACUCGUAAUUUAUAAGCCCCACACAAUAGUUCUUAUCAUCAAGUAUAUAAAGCCUCCCAACCCAAGCACCAAACCCACCAUCGGGAUUUACAAGCUGUUCUUAAACAACUACUAAGAACAACAAAUCAUUUCCUUGCAUCAUCAUACUUUCACUAUUCUUUACAAGGAAAAUGAGCUGGUCUGGUGGAGAUUGGAUGUGUGGGGCUUGCCAGCACAUAAAUUUCAAGAAGAGGGAUGCAUGUCAAAGUUGUGGAUACCCCAAAUUUGGAGGCCCUGACCCAACAACCUAUAGAUACAACUGGACUGAAGCCUUGGCAGGGGACUGGUAUUGCAAGGCUAUGAACUGUGGAGCUCACAACUAUGCCAGCAGAUCAAGCUGCUAUAGAUGUGGUGCAUUGAAAGAUGAUUAUUCUAUUUCUAGUAGAUUCAUUGAUGGCUCCGUAGGAUAUGGAUCUGAUAGUAAUUAUCCCCCAGGGUGGAAGACUGGUGACUGGAUUUGCAGUAGAAUUGGCUGCGGAGUUCAUAACUACGCCAGCAGGACAGAAUGUUUCAAGUGCAAAACACCAAGAAAUUUGGUGAUGCAGACUGAGACAGGAACUUUCAACUUUCACUGACUUCCUUUGCAUAUUUCUUCUGCAAACAGCUUGUUUGGCGCAGUUAUUGUAGAAGAUUAAACAUGGACGAAGGUCCUUUCUUAUAAAUACGGCCAUGUUUUCCACUACGUUGUUGUUGUUUAUUGCUAGAUAUUUUCACAUGAAAGUCGUGAAAUCCAUAUUACUAGUCUUAUUGAUUACCAC